AUGGCUCCUUAUGAAGCACUGUACGGUCGAAGGUGUCGUAUGCCGAUAUGUUGGGAUGACUUAAAUUAUCAAGUAUCAACUGGACCUGAAUUAAUUCAAGAGACAAUGGAGCAUAUUAAAAUGAUUCAGGAAAAGAUGAAAGCGGCACAAGAUCGUCAGAAGAAGUAUGCUGACUUAAGAAGGAGAAAGUUAGAAUUUGAAGUUGGAGAUAAAGUAUUUCUCAAGAUUUCACCUACACGGGGAGUAAAAAGAUUUGGAGCAAAGGGGAAACUAAGUUCAAAGUAUGUCGGUCCAUAUGGAGAGGUAGCAUACGAACUUGCUCUACCCGUGGAACUGUCCAAAGUACAUAACGUGUUUCAUGUGUCUCAAUUGAGGAAAUAUAUUCAUGACCCAUCCCACGUGCUAUCCUAUGAACCACUGAAGAUAGAUGAGACAUUAACAUAUGAAGAAAAACCGUUACAAAUAUUAGACCAUCGAGAAAAAGUAUUAAGACAGAAAACAAUUCCGCUUGUAAAGGUGUUGUGGUCUAAUCACGGAGAAGAAGAGGCUACUUGGGAAAAAGAAUCUGAUAUGCGGGAUCGAUAUCCACAAUUAUUCCAAUAA